UCUCUCUCUUGUCUCUCCCCGAAUAUACAGGGGACGGUUUCGAAAUGCUCGCUUAGAUUUCCUUGUCUUCAGUCACAAGCUGACACUGACGCAUAACACACAGUGAAUCAGCUUUUCAUCUCACCACCCCCGGCGCAUUUUAGCCCCCGUCUCCUCCAUCUUCUUCAAUCUCUCUCUCUCUCUCUCUCUCUCUCUCUCUCUCUCUCUCUCAACUGAAUUGUAUCAGAUCGUUUUCAGCCUCUGCAUUUUACACAGUCGGCUGCAGAACAUUAUCUGUCAGACUUUAGACAAGGUUUCUACAAUUUUGCUAUGCGGGGUCGUCAUCUCGAUGCCUACUCGGCAUACAAGCGUGUGGCUUCGAAGGACCAUAUCAAUGCUUUUGAUAGAGAAGAAAGUUCAGUAGGUCUAGUGAAUGCAAAAGGUGUUGGAAACCCUUCAUGGAGACGCUCUUUGCCGCAUAUGCUUGUGGCAACUCUUUCUUCAUUCUUAUUUGGCUACCAUCUUGGAGUGGUUAAUGAGACACUAGAUAGCAUUUCUAUGGACCUUGGUUUCAGUGGGAAUCCCUUGGCUAAGGGUCUAGUAGUGAGUACCUGUUUAGGGGCUGCUUUUUUUGGAUCUAUAUUUAGUGGAUGGAUUCUAGAUGGAGUUGGGCAUCGAAGGGCAUUCCAGCUGUGUGCAUUGCCGAUGAUAAUCGGUGCAUCAAUGAGUGCAACAACCAAAAGUCUAUGGGGCAUGCUUUUAGGGAGGAUAUUUGUUGGAACUGGGAUGGGCAUUGGUCCACCUGUUGCUGCUAUAUAUGUGUCAGAGAUUUCACCAGCUUUUGUAAGGGGUACUUUUGGGAGCUUCACACAAAUUGCGACAUGUCUUGGACUUAUGGGAUCUCUCUUUAUUGGACUCCCAGCCAAGGAUAUAGUGGGUUGGUGGCGGGUUUGUUUUUGGGUAUCUACUGUUCCUGCUGCAGUACUUGCUGUUUGCAUGGAGUUCUGUGCAGAGAGUCCUCAGUGGCUUUUCAAGAGAGGAAGAGGCACUGAAGCUGAAGCUGAAUUUGAGAAACUCUUAGGAGCAGCACAUGUUAAAUUUGCAAUAGCAGAAUUGUCAAAGUCUGACAGAGGGGAUGAACUUGAGGCAGUAAAGUUCUCAGAGCUAUUGUAUGGCCGACAUUUCAAAAUGGUUUUCAUUGGGUCUACCAUUUUUGCUUUACAACAGCUAUCAGGCAUAAAUGCUGUAUUUUAUUUCUCUUCGACUGUCUUUAAAAGCUUUGGGGUGCCUUCAGAUCUGGCAAACAUAUGUGUUGGGAUCGCGAAUCUAUCAGGGUCAGUUGUUGCAAUGAUCUUGAUGGAUAAGCUUGGAAGAAAGGUGCUUCUUCUUGGAAGUUUUUCUGGCAUGGCAGUGGCAAUGGGUCUUCAAGUAACUGGAGCAAGUUCUUAUGCAUCGGGAUCUGGAGCAUUGAGUCUAUCGGUUGGUGGCAUGCUGCUGUUUGUCUUGAUGUUUUCUCUUGGAGCUGGUCCAGUGCCCAGUCUCCUCCUGUCAGAAAUUCUUCCUGGGCGUAUCAGGGCGAAGGCAAUGUCAGUUUGCAUGGCUGUCCAUUGGGUGAUCAAUUUCUUUGUUGGUCUAUUAUUUUUACCCUUGCUGGAGCAAAUCGGGCCAAUAGUUCUGUAUACAAUCUUUGCUACGUUUUGUUUAUUGGCUGUGAUUUUUGUGAAGAGAAAUGUAGUGGAAACGAAAGGAAAGUCACUCCAAGAAAUUGAAAUUGCACUUAUUCCACCUCAGUGAAGGUUCAACAAAACUAGAUUACUCUUUACACAAAGCUGAAGUUUCUUUUCUAAUCAUGGAACCCAAGACUCACUGUUGCCCAUAAUGUAUUGCCAUGCUCGCUGAGGAGAUAAAAGAACAAUAAGGUAGUGUGGAGAUUCUCAGAUCUUUGUAUGUUUGCCCCCAUGCCGGUUCGAAGUUAGCAUCAUGCUGUAGCUGGAGAAUUUGGGAACUAAUUACCAAGUGCUCAUCCUGGAAGGCCUGGCCUAUGUAUGUUACUAGAGUUAUAUAUAUUUUUUUUUUCCUUCGAUAUUUUGUGAGCAUAUUGAUGGUAUAUCCUACUGAAACUUACAAGUCAAUGUAAUACAUGCGGACCUGACCUCACUCUCGGAAUAAUAUAAUACAAUUGUUCCAUCAAAAUUAUGGAUUUUGUAA